AUGUUCGAAAGGGAGGCGGGUCUUUGGAGUCUGCGACCGCCAACAGGAAGGAAGAGAUCUUUCUUCCUCCCUCCCGCGCUCCUCGUCGGCGCCGACGCCGGCCGCCAGCCUCCACCUCUGCUCCUCUCCCACCUCCUCGCGACGCUGGCCAAAGCCCUUCUUCUUUCUUCCUCCUUUGUGUCGCCGCCGAAGCCACGCGAGAGGCAGUCGUCACCUCUUUCUUCCAGCGCCGUCCUCGUCGACUUAUCACCUUUGAACUCUUCUUCCUCUCUCACGCUCGCCUGUAAGACGUCGCUCGGCUGUUCCCAUCGCUGCCCUCUCCCUCGUCUUCACGUCGCAACCACCACUUCCCGGCAGCCCCCCUUCGCUGGCAGCUUCCAUGCGCCGCAGCCACCACUUGCCGGCAGCUUCCAUGCGCCGCAGCCACCACUUGUCGGCAGCCUCUUCGCGCCACAUCCACCACUUCCCGGCAGCCCCCCUUCGUCGGCUACUUCCAUGCGCCGCAGCCACCACUUAUCAAUAGCCUCUUCACGCCGCAGCCACCACUUCCCGACAGCCUCUUCGCACCACUGCCACGCACGCAGCCACCACUUGCCGACAGCCUCUUCGCACCGCCACCAUGCACCGCAACCACCACUUGCCGACAACCUCUUCACACCGCAGCCACCACUUGCCGGCAGUCCAUGUGUCGGUCGUCCAUGCGCCGACUUUGUCCCAACUCCGAUUCUAUGUCACUGUUGUAUGCCGACCCCUGUGACGAUCCAGUUUGUAUGUCGUAUCCCGAGCUACAACCGUAGUGCACCACUGCACAUCGCUAUUAUGUUUCGGCCUUCGAGCUAUGGUUGA